GAGGGAUCGAGAUUAGGCUCACAAGUCACUUCGCCAGGGCAGCACAGACGGACACACCGUUGGGAGUCUUAGGAUUCUUCAGUGAUGGACGCAGGAGACUUUGAGAAGAAACUCGUGUCCGCUAUCGAGGGUCGUGAUGCGGCACAAGUCGAAACACUUGCGAGACAGCUCAAUGGAAACACUGCGCUAUUGGAAAGUCCUUCUCUCGCGCGCAGUUUCGUUAUGGCUGCGGCCACCGAUCUCUCGAUAUUUCAGCCUUUGGUGCAGGCAAAGUUCGAUAUCAAUGCGGCCGACGAAGACGGAGACACUGCGCUGAUGGCGGCAGUCCGUGGCAUCGACUUGAAAUUGUACUCAGACGACGAAAUACCAGCUGGAGCCCCAACGAGUCAAGGUUGCCUAGAGAACGCAAAGCUGCUGUUGGACACCACCGAUGCAGAUGUUAAUCUCGUCAAUAAGAGCGGGGAAUCUGCACUCUUUCAAGCUGUUAAUUACGGUGGCGACCAAACUUUUAAAAUGGUUGACAUGUUACUCCGGUCCAACAAAAUCACAAAUGUGGACAAGGCAGACGAGGACCAAGUAACUCCUUUGCACGUUGCAGUCAAACGGGGUCUGCCUGACGUUGUGCAGCUUCUGAUCAACCGAAAGGCCAGCCCACGGUCGAAAACGAGCGAGGGCAAGUCGGCGUUACAUUUGGCAUGCCAAUAUGGACACUUACCCAUUGUGGAAAUUCUCUUGAAUUACCAGCCCGUUCUUAACGAGCUUACGGAAGAUCAUCAAACGCCACUUAUCCUGGCUGCUUCGUGCGGCUCGAUCGACAUUGUUCGUUUGCUUUUGAGUCUCCACGUUGAUCUCAGCAUCAAGGACAAAAGUGGCAUGACGGCAUUGCACCAGGCUGUUUACAGAGGAGUGGACUUACCUGUGAUCAAGGUUUUGGUGGAGGCCGGAUCUGACGUUGGCAAUAUUUGUUCGGAUGUGUAUUCGGCAGAUCCGAUUAUCAACGAUGCCGUCGCGCAAUCGUCGUUGAAUGUCAUCGAAUACUUAAUUCAACAAAAUGCCAAUAUCGAAGCCACAAACCACGAGGGUUUCACUCCGCUGAUUGUGGCGACGCAAUUUAAGCGUCACGACGUGAUGAAGUUACUGUUGGAACGAGGUGCUAAACUUGAGGCCGCGGACAAGAACGGGUGCACGGCUUUGAUGGAGUCUAUUUUGAAGGAAGACCCAGUUGGAACCUCGAUUCUUGUGGAGCAUGGUGCGAGUUUGCACUCCCGAAACAAGAACGGGUUUUCAGCGAUUUCGUUGGCGAUGUAUCAAAACAUUGAUUUGGGCAAAGACUUGUUUAAAAUGCAUCAAGACAGCCUCAGAGUGUCCAACGAGCCGCCCGUCCAGCCCACUCUAGCAGCAAUGCAAAAGCAGUUGUCGUCGAAUGUCGGGCGGACGUUACAUAUUGGGGACUUGAUUUAUUUGAACAUUGACGAUGGCCUGGUGCUCGGGUGCGACGGCUUCAUCCACACAGUCUUGCGACCGUCUAAGCCGUCCAACGAGUGGGAAGACUUUAUCUUUUGCAUUCACCCCAAGUUAUCUUACGACCACGUCGACAUGUCGGUCGCAGUUCACCCGUACUUUCAAACGAUUGAUGCGUUUUCAGAAGAAGAGCGUGAAAAGCGACGAAAUGAAGGCAAGUUGCAAGAAGCCCUUGAGUCGAGAGACAUAGUGAAUGAAAACACGACAAUUCAACUUUUUCACAUCAAGUCCCAACAAUACCUCCGCGUCAACCCAAUGAUAGCUGCGUCCAAGGCUAACGUUUGCCUGGAUCAACUUGCGACCUGUUACUCGUGGUUUCAGUUCCACGAUGGCAAAGCCAAUGUUGACAACGACAUUGUGACCAACUCGCCGUUGAUCCUUGUGAGUGCAAGCGUCAUAUCGGCGGCACAAGCGGUGCGCAAGCCGAAACCUGUGCUUCUCUUGGACAAUCAUGUCAAGGCCACCGUGCAAGUCGGACUGUAUACAACCCACGAUCCAAUGGUCCUUCAGCCAUUCGUGUGGAAGAACGGCGGCAACGCGAUAUCAGGGGCCGGUACGCGGCAAGUUCCGCUUCCUCGGUCCUACGGGUUGGACUUCAAGCGUCAAGCAUCGAAAGUAAAUUCUGUGUUUCAUUUGGAAAUGUGCAGCAAGUCAACAACGGGCGAAGUGUUGUACCAACUUCGCCAUGUUGCAUCGCGGUUCCUCCUCUCGAUCGCUUGCCCUUGCGUCAAGAAGGACCACAUCACUGCGACCUUGGUAAACCCUGAGGCGGUCGAGUCGGUGGCACAAGUCCACGUUGAACAUCGAUUUACCUCUCCUCAAGUUGGUAGCGGGACGAACGACAUCCGAGAGUAUGAGUUUCAAUUUUCGCACACGUGUCCCAAGUGCUCGAAAGAAUGGUUCCUUGGUGCAACGCAACACAAGAUGGUGUGGAAGCACACAGGUGACUGGCUUUUGGGAGAGCCCAUUUCAGCGGAAUUCACGAGGAAGGUGCACCAUGUGUGUGUAUGGAGAGAAGCGUUCUUGGCAUUUUCACUCACUGCGUUGGAGUACUUGAACGGCACAAACCAUGCAUCGUUUCAACACAGUAUUGAAGCCGUCAUGGUGGCCUGCAAACAAAUGUACUCGUUGAUGGAAGGUCAAGAGUUUGACGAAGUGGUCAAUUUUUUGCAACAAACGUGCUCGGAUGUUGAAAUUCUUGAAGCGAUGUUCCUCGCCACUUCAAUUUUCCGAUGCAUGGACAAGAUGCAAGGCUUUGAGCAGUUAAUGGUCACCUUUUUCAAGGCUAUGCGGGUGUUGGUGGUCGGCAAUGACCUGAAUGAAGUGUACUUGCACGAGCAAUUUGGAGACCGGCUGGGGCAAAUCAAGAUCUUGACCGGGUUGGACAUCAAGUUUGCAACUGCAUAUGUUGAUGCCCGCAUCAUCAUGACCAACAUGAUUGCCAAAAACUCAGGGGCAGUCUCGCAUCUCUUGGACAAAAUCAAUGCGGAACACAUAGUCCCUGGCAACUGGACGACCACAGCGCAAUUUUUCAUUGCCUUGAGCUUGGCCGAGCGCAAAGAUGCCUUGAUUUCCAAGAAACUGUACGACCACGAAAUGAGUAUCACUGACACGUGGGUCGCCAAGUGGGACACUUGUGCGAUCCAAACGCUUCUGUACGGCGACAAUAUCCGAGUUCGCUGGUACGACGUCCAAUCACAAGACACGUUGAAUAUCCUCAACCGCAAUGGUGUUGUGGGUCUUGUACCUGAAACUGUGGUGCGCAAGGAGCCGUAUCAUGUGACCCUUCCUCUCGAGUGUAUCUUGGACGGCUCAUUGCGAGGUCAAUCGACUCCCCUUGUCGACGAGUGGAUUGCUUUGUACGUGCAUCAACUCAAGCUCGUGUCAGCGUUGUGUGAGAAGAAUAUCAAGGUGCGACGCCAUUUCCAGCCAAAAUUCCCCAAGGGAGUUCUAUUUGGUGGAAUCCUGUCCAUGAAGCUUCCGUUUGAAAUUCGUACUCUGUACUUGGAACUUCUGCACUAUUUGUAUUUGCCCGCGACAUCCAUGCUUGAGAACGUGCAGCUGUCCAACCUGUUUCUCGACUUGAAGAUCAACAGAGAGAACCCACUUGAGGAAGAAAUGCCGGCCCUAUACACCCUGCUUGAUAUGACGCUGCACGAUGUGGUGGAAAAUAGCGUCGCGUACUUUGGAUUUCUCCGUGAAAUGCUUAACUUCGUCGACCGGGUCAUCAUGCUUGGGUACUGCGGUACUAAUCCUGAAGGCUACAAAAAUUUGUUCGAGUCGCUCUAUGCCACCGGAAUGAAAUGCGAUGGCGUGGUGAAGUUCGAGUCCAGCGCUGAUCGGUUGACGUUGAAUCCGUUGAAUCUGUCCUGCAACACCGUGUAUGGCGUAGCAAAUGUCGUGGUGUGCCAAAGGAAACUCGUUGCCUUGAUGCGCAAGGUCCUUCGAUGCAGAGCUGCUAUGUCGAAUGACACUAUCGUCAUUGGCAAAGAAAUUGUCCAGUACUUGUCGAGCUUGCUCGUUCACAAUGAUACGUUGGUGGCGCAGGAGGCAUUUGUUACUUUAUCCGAGGUGCUUCCGACCCCAAACUUCUCCUGGCUCCGUGAUGGGAAGCCGCUCUGUCAAGUUUAUCAAGGUGGAGAAUUCAACGAUGCCCUUUGUCAGAUUAUCCACGAAGCGCACGUUGUGUUUGACUUGAACGAACACACGUACCAUGGCCAUGUCGAGAGGUUGCACAUGAACAUCAAGGACGAGGGUCGCAAGACGAACAAGCGGUCAUCCCGCGAUCCACUCCAGGUGGCUAUUCAACGCGUCAAAAAGUGGACGCGCAAUGUCGUGUCGAACUCGACACUAAAACGCUUGCUUCGCAUCGCUCAAAUUCCUGAGCGUACGAUUGCAUACCUCGAGGAAGCCCUGGCACGCGGGGCGUUUGUCGUUCCUUCCAACGACGAAUUGGCGCUCGAGUUGGAGUACUACAAGAAAUUUCUCAUCAACAAGGACAACUUCGACAAUAUCACUAAAGGCAACUUACACUUUCGCGUGAUUAAGGAACAAGCGGUCAAGGACCGCGCCGCAUUGGCGCAUGACCUUCUCUCCUUGCUUCAAAACUUCACGGCCCAUCUGACAGAGGAGUACAGUUUGCGGUUGUUGGUGUUAGUGGUGCCGCUCGUGAACGACAAUUACACCCUGGUGAAGGAUGUGGCGUACUUGGUACUCAAGAUGCUUCGCCAACCCAACGCAGUCGUCGACAAUCGAUAUUCAGACGUGUUCCAAGCACUACUCAAGCACGCCCACUACAACGAACCGGCGGGCGAGUGCGUCUUGCACAUGCUUCGAGAAUCUCAGUCGGAAACGUGGAAGAACGAAGCGAGCUACCACUUGUUCUAUUCGGACUUUGACCUAAAAUCGCUCUUGAUCGGGUACCCGAAGGAGCUUUACGUGUUCGACCUCCUGUGCCUUGUGGCUGACGGCACGACCAACGAGCGAAUCUACGGUCAUCUCGAGUGCAAGUCGCUUUUGUCACUCAAGUGGAUUGUCCAGUUAAUUACGGAUCCCCAAGCCACUCCCAAGCAUCACCGAGUUGGCCUCGCAUUGGCCAAGACCUUGUACUUGGACAGUGAUUUGGAGACCGGGUGGGUCUCCACUCAACUAGAUACGCUGCGCCAAGCCUUAGACUUUUGCCGCAACAUGUUGCUUACGACAGACAACUAUGACGUGGUCGUGCACGGCGUAGUUCCGUUCUUGAAGGCGUGGAUUGCCGUGGAUAACAUUCACACCAAGAAUCCCAUCGUCGUGGACUUUCACAAGUCGCUGGUCUCAGAUAUGAAGGUGAUUCUAGACCGUCUGGACGUCCUGAGCGACUUGCAUUUGUUUACUUGCGCCAAUGUGGCGUAUCCGCUGGUCCAUGUCGUGCAGUCCCUGACCCAAUUGACCGUAUGCGCUUCCAAAGCGCUCGUAUCCAACACUCGCAACGACAUUGCUCGAGCGUACGGAUGGCCGGUGAAGAAGUCACCGCCUCAAAAUUGCUGCUACAUCCCGUUUGUCCAAGGAGCGCGGUCGCUCCUCGUGAGCCACGCCUCCAGCCAGUUGCUGGAAAACCCACAUCUUCUAAAGGACAGGCUAGUGGAGGGGGCAUUUCAACGCCUGCAGGCAACGUCGAUUCCAAACGCGACGCUUCAAGAUUUGAUGAUCGUUGGCAAGCAUUUGCUCAAGUUGGAGCAAGAGGCCACCCAAUGCGAUCAGGACUUGAUAUCGCUCAUCUUGGCGCACAAUGAGAUCUCAAUUUCCAAGACGAAGAAACACAGCCAACCUUCGAGGUGGGCGACUGUCUCCCCACAAUUGACUCGCUUAAAAGCAGCUUUGGCAUUCCGUCCGUCUAUCGCACGCGAUAAAACCUUCCGUGGCAAAACUUACCAGUCGUUGGAUGUACCCAUGCAAACCCAUGUCAGCGUCGUCGUGGACAAGGUGAACAAUAGUUCGAGCGCAGACACGUAUGCCCACUGGAAGAACUCAUACGAACCGUUGGAUCCGCAAACGUUGAUGCAGUGCCUGGUGCGGCUCAUCACGCGGUCGUCGUCGUCGUCGUUGCUUGGCUUGCGCGUGUUCAUCCAAGCGCUUACAUCGAAGCGGUUGGCGGGUGAGGAUACCCACACGGAGGACGAGAAGGCGCUGCUGCAAGCGCGCUUGGAAUGGAAGCAACUCUUGUCAACAGCGGUCAAGUCGGACGUGACGUCGCUCGUGUUUUGGUGCAUCAAGGAAAGCAUGGAGGAGGUUUCGAACCCUGUCAAGAGCCGUCUCGCCCUCAAUUUGAUCAGCGAAUUGCUAGUCGAUGGAUUCGAAGAAGCCCAAGACGCGUUGUACGCUGGGUACGUGGCGCUCGACGACAACUUUCGGUCGUACUUGUUUGGGUUCUUGAUGUCACACAUCAACGGCCCUUCCCACGAAGCAAGCAUCGUGUCGCUGACACUGUUUCAGCUGCUGUGCGAAGGCCACCACACGAAUUGGCAAAACAUCAUGCGCAGCAGUCGGUUCAAUCGAAGUGUUCUGGACACUGUCAUCAACUUAAUGUCUCGCAUUUGCAAGCAGUCGGACAAUGUAUUUUCGCUCAAGGACGUCAAAGUAAUCACCAAGGUGCUGUGCUUCCUGAGCGAGGCGUGCCAAGGCCCGUGCCUGGAGAACCAGCAAUUUCUGGCCGAGUCGGUCGUCCCCCGCUUGUGCGCCGACAUUGCGCUGGGCAAGCCGCAAUGCGAAAAUGGCCAGUACCCGCUGCAAGUAGCCAAACUCAAGCACAACGUCAACAUUCUCUUGUUGUCGAUGGUCGAAGGCCGCGACGAUUCCCUGGUUCACCUCCACUACGUUGAAUUGAUUCCGCCACAGGAGAUGUGUCGAGUGCUGUCUGCGAACCGCAAGAAGAUCAAGGACUUACAAGCCGACAAAAACUACACCUUGGCGAACGUGGUGUUUGCUGAGUCGAUCGAGCUACUCCGGUUGGCAUACUCGCUCCUGUCCAAGGUCACCAACACCGUCGACCCGCUCUACUACUUUGGCAAGGGUUGGAACGAGGCUCUCAACGAAAACGUGGCGUUUUUUGCCAAGCAAGUCAUCAAUGUCGAGGUAGUCCGCGGUGAUACAGAGAUCCAAGUAUACUUUCCCCGUCCCCGCGAAUCGCGGUUCCUAAGCCUCCGCGAGAAGAAGCGCCUCAUGGACAUCAUGGAGUUUGGCGAAGACAAUGCGUUGGCGGCGUUUACGUCCGCCGAGUCACGCAAUAUCGCGGAGGAGCUUCGGACUCGUCAAAUUCUUGCCCAAAACCCCACGUACGAGUGGAUGACGGAGCACCAGACGCUAAUCCGGCAAGCCAUGUUUGUCUUGUGCUUUUACAUCAAUUUUGUCAUGGUACUGGGUCUGUCGAUCGACCCGGACGACUCGACUCCCACUGUCCACAUUUAUUCGUAUUGGACGUUAUCGGGACUCGGUGGUGUGUUUUGCAUCUUGUGCAGCAGUUUGUGGUUGUACAACAUUGCGACGGAGACGUCGUUCUCGUACGCGAGACAAAAGCUCAAGCCGGCCAAGUUGCGCAAAAUGAGAAUGAAAGAAGUGCGUAAUGAAGUGUGGAGUGCAAUUGGCGAAGCGUUCUACGCGAUCGGUGGAUGGGUGGCAGUGUACGCGGCCAUCACGAUGGUGUAUGGCACGGACGACUCGCUGACGUAUAUCACGGCCGUCGUGUCGUUGGCGUAUGUGCUAUAUAUCGUCCUGCUUGCGAUCCGAAAAGUGUCUGGGAUCUUUCACUUUUCGUAUAUCACGGACGACAAGGUGAAGAACCGCCAAGUUCGCAUUUCGAACGUCCUGUUUUGGUUCAACGCUAUCGUGGACACGCUGAUCAAGGACAACGUCGUCGUGUUCACGAUCUACACGAUCUGUGCGUUCAUGGGGCUUUCCAGCGACAUCUCCACGCAGGCCUAUGUCUAUUACGGGUUCCCUCUUCUCGACAUUCUUGCCAUCAACGCGCGUCUGUCGAAUAUUCUCAAGGCUGUGACGUCGAACCUCGUGCCACUCGGUGUGACGAUGGCUUUUGGCACGAUUGUGAUCUACCUCUUCUCCUUGAUCGGGUUCUUUCGGUUCCAGGAGUUGAUGACCAACGACGACGGCCCCCAGUGCUCGUCCAUGAUGCAGUGCUACUUGACAUACAUCCAUUAUGGCCUCUUGAGUGGCGGCGGGAUUGGCGACUACAUGUCUGGCACGAUGGCGCACCCACUCGACUACUCGGACAAUGUGUCCUUCUUCGAGCGCCUCGUGUAUGACCUGGCAUUCUACAUCAUCAUUUUGCUUCUGCUCAUCAACUUGAUUAUGGGUAUCAUCAUCGACUCGUUCACGUCGUUGCGUGAAGCGUCCGAGAAGAAGCAAGAAAUCGAAAGCAGCAUCUGCUUGGUGUGUACCGACACAAAGGACGACAUUGAAUACCGCGGCAUCUUGAUGGGCGUCACCAACAGCUUCAAGAAGCACACGGAAGAGGAGCACAACCUGUGGAACUACCUCUUCUUUAUCAUGUACUUGGAGUCGAAACCGGCCACGGACUUGAACGGAACCGAGUCGUUUGUACGUCAGAAGCUCCUUGCCAAGGAAAUGUCGUGGAUUCCCAAGAAGAAGGGCGAGUCGACACGACCAGCAGAUGCCUAAGCAACGCGUUCGUACAAUUUGAAAUACAUGUUACAUCAUUUUCUUUGAAGCGAACGGCAGCUCUAACCAUCCUCGAGUCCUCACGCAAAGGAAUUGCCCCAAUGGAAACUGCAUCCUGAA